UUUUCACUUUUAAGUUCCCCAAUAGGAGGCCGUAUUAUUAAAAUACGAAAAUGGCGGCUCUAUGUAGUGAGUUUGGAGAUCUUGUACAAAUAAAAAAGCAGUUAAUAUCUGUAAUAUCGCUUUGUAAAGAGAGGGGGCUUUUACACAGCGUCAAGUGGGCUUCUGAGUUGGCUUUUUCUUUGGACCCACUUACUAAAGAUGAAUUACCCACAUCACCGCCAUUUACUGAGGAAGAUGCACAGGACCUGGAUGCACUCACGCUUGCCAAAUCCUACUUUGACCUAAAAGAGUAUGACCGGGCUGCUUACUUCCUGAGAGGCUGCCGUAGCCAGAAAGCUUACUUCCUUUAUAUGUACUCUCGCUAUCUGUCAGGAGAGAAGAAAAAGGAUGAUGAGACUGUUGACAGCCUGGGUCCUUUAGAAAAGGGCCAAGUCCGUAAUGAAGCCUUGCGAGAACUGAGGGUGGAGCUGUGUAAGAAACACGGUGCAGGAGAGUUAGAUGGCUUCACCCUGUACUUGUAUGGGGUGGUACUGCGAAAACUUGAUCUGAUGAAGGAAGCAGUGGACGUGUUUGUUGAGGCAAUUCACGCACUUCCACUUCACUGGGGAGCAUGGCUGGAGCUGAGUAACCUUAUCACCAAUAUUGAAAUGCUGAAGUCACUUUCUCUGCCAGAUUGCUGGAUCAGGGACUUCUUCAUGGCUCACAUGUACACAGAACUGCAGAUGAUCAAAGAAGCGCUGCAGAAAUACCAGGACCUCAUCGAGGCCGGCUUCUCCAAGAGCACCUACAUCAUUUCACAGAUCGCUGUUGCCUACCACAACAUCAGAGAUAUUGACCAAGCUUUGGCCCUCUUCAAUGAGUUGAGGGAGCAGGAUCCGUAUCGUAUCGACAACAUGGAUACAUUCUCCAACCUGCUCUAUGUCAAAACCAUGAAGCCUGAGCUGAGUUACUUGGCGCACAACCUGGUGGAGAUUGACAAAUACCGGGUAGAGACUUGUUGUGUCAUUGGUAACUAUUACAGCUUACGUUCUCAGCACGAGAAGGCAGCGUUGUGCUUCCAGCGAGCCCUCAAACUGAACCCUCGCUGUCUCGGUGCCUGGACCCUCAUGGGCCACGAAUACAUGGAAAUGAAGAACACUUCAGCUGCAAUCCAGGCCUACAGGCAUGCCAUUGAAGUGAACAAAAGAGACUACCGUGCCUGGUACGGUUUAGGUCAGACUUAUGAGAUUCUCAAAAUGCCCUUUUACUGUUUGUACUACUAUCGAAAGGCUCAUCAGCUCAGACCAAAUGACUCGCGCAUGUUGGUGGCACUUGGGGAAAGUUACGAAAAACUGGGGCAGCAUGUUGAAGCUAAAAAGUGUUACUGGAGGGCGUAUUCUGUCGGAGACGUGGAGAAAAUGGCUCUGCUCAAACUGGCUAAGCUCCAUGAACAGUUGAAUGAGUCUGACGAUGCUGCGCAGCAUUACAUGCUUUACAUCCAGGACAUUUUCUCUUGUGGGGAGCAACUGGAGCAUGCUGAGGUGAGCACGGCACUGCGAUACUUGGGUCAGUACUACUUCAAGAACAAACUGUACAACGAGGCAUCCCUCUGCGCUCAGCGCUGCUGUGACUACAACGAUGCUCGUGAAGAAGGAAAGGCUCUGCUCAGGCAGAUCUCCCAGGUCAGAGAUCCAGCUGAGACGCCGUCUGCAGAUCUGUUCGCUCCACUCUCCAACAGCAAUACUCCCAUCAGAAGAGUGUCUCCACUCAACCUGAUCACCUUCACGCCCUGACACUCCUAACUUACAUGGGCAACUGGUGCAUCUCCUGCCUUAAAAA